GUGCGACGGGCGUUCGAAACAGUAGACGAUAGUAGAAUCGCAACGCGUAGGUAGGCAGUAGGAAGAGGCUAGGGCGACCGGCGAGUGCAGUGUGCAGUGCGUGCGGACCGUGUAUUGCUGAAAGCUCGCGCUGCGAAGCCUCCGAGAGCGGCGGCAUCGCGCGAGCGCCCGCUUCGCGUCAGUGCCGGCCCGGCCGUGCCAUAGGCAUCACGUUUCCCAUACCACUGGCUUUUUGCUGCUGGACAGUGCCACUCUCAUAUACAACGACAUCGAAUUUUUAUAACGAACAUUAACCACCACGGAAGUGGACGCGAGCUUACUUCUGAAAAGUGUGAACGACGGCAAAUGGAUCAGAGGCGCGCGGCGGCGGCGCUGUUCGCGCUAGCCGCGUGCUUUGCGUGCGCAACAGCAGCACCUACUGCAAGCAACCAGACGGCGCUAGAUCUUUUUGAAGCUCCAGUCGAGGGAUGCUACUAUAACUUCCAACACUACGGCGAAAGCGACCGCAUCAUGACCAACGAGCCAUGCCUUAACUGCACGUGUCACAACCGAAUGCUGAUGUGUUAUUUGAGGGUCUGUCCGUUCACGAAACCCAUUGGACAGGACUGUACCGUGGAGAAACGUGCGGAUCAAUGCUGUCCCAUUGUCACAUGUCCAGAUGUUCCAGUAGAUCUACUGACAUCCACAUCCACCUCAUCUCCAGCAGAAUACGGAGCUACUGGAUUAGGCAAAAUGGACAAAUAUGGCUGCAGUAUUAACGGAAAAUACUUUCCUGAAGGGGCCAAAGUUCCACCCACUCCGAACAAGCCAUGUGAACAUUGUUACUGCAUUCAUAACAUGACAACGUGUGUUAUGCAAGAAUGUACUUUGCACGUAGAUGGUUGCACACCAAUAUAUCACAAGGAUGUCUGUUGUCCUAUUCGUUACUCAUGUGAUCAUGCCGAAGAUGAGAUACCUCUUCUGGAUGACAUGACGACAACAGUAAGACCAACACCUGGAUUUUUGUUAACGACAACAACUAUGAUGCCAGUAACACAAGCUUCACAAGACUGUAUUCAUGAUGAUAAAAUAUUUUCUGAUGGAGCUCUUAUAAAGACUGAAAAAGCUUGUGAACAUUGUUAUUGUAUGAAGGGCGAUAUAGUUUGUGUUGUUCAAGAAUGCGGUACACCUAUGGAAAACGAAGGCAAAAAUUGUACAUCGCUACCUCCUCAACAGGGCCAGUGCUGUCCUGAUACAUAUAUAUGUGAAGGUGACGAACUAUCAACCGAGCAAUUUAAUGAAGAAACUACUACCUUGACACCUCCAAGAAGAUUUGGGGUUGAAGGAAGUGGAUACAGAAAUGAGCCAGACGAGUCUUACACUGAGAUCGCAUCAAUUGGCGAUACUGAAAUAGAGGGAAGUGGCGAAGAUAAUUUAUUGACAACCAUACCAAGCUUACAUCCUGAUACACCUCCAGUAACAAGCCAUAAUGUAUAUCCAUAUUCUACAGAAAUUAAUACAGUUUUUUCAGAAGUAACAACACAGAGUGAUAUUGAAAACGAAAACAAAGUAUUAACAACUGAACCAUCAGUUUCUAUUACUUCAACCAAUACAAAUGAAUCAAAGGAGGAUACAGAUGAAGAAAAGGGUUUGAAUAUGAUGACAACAGUAGUACCUUCAGGAGAACUUGACUAUACGACGUCAGUAGAAGAUAAUUUGAAACCAAAACAAGAUACCAUCUCAAAUUAUAUAUCAUCAACUAAAACUUCAGAUCAAUAUACUACAGUAGAGCCUACUGUUACACCAAAAUUAAAUGAAAUAAGUGAAGUUAUAACAGAAAUAACUACUAAACAAAGUUUACUAGACGAUGUAGAUAAUAUGACUCCAAUAGACGAGGAAUUCAUUAUUGCUACAAAAUUACCCGAAAAGACAGAUAAUAUUGAAAAUGGUUUCGAAGAACCUCUAACUACUUUCAAGCCAACGCAUGUUGAGGAAUCGAUUACUAAACAAGAAAGUAGUGAGACAACGCCAAAAGUAAUGACCUUUACUGAACAACCAACAUAUUCUACUAUUACAACAAAUAGUCAAGAAACUACCACAAUAAAUGUUCAAGAAAAUGAAAUCUUAGAAGAGACUUUACCAGCUAGAAUACCGGGUGAAGGAGACUGCUUGCUUGGCGGUAUAACAUUUAAGAAUAAUACUUCAGUUCCAAGUACAAAUAAAUGCCACAUAAGUUGUAAAUGUGUUAGUAGUAUUAUCAAAUGCGAUCCUAUAAUUUGUACUCCACCUCUGGAAUAUAUGGACAAUAUGAAUGAUUGUCAGCCUAUUUAUGACUCGCCUGACUCAUGCUGUCCAACAUAUGUUUGCAAUACUAAAGAAACUAUUGCCCCAGAAUCACAUAGCCAAAUGUCUGGUACAGAAAGUCCAAAGCCUAUUAAAUGUGUGGGUGAUGAAUGUCUUAUUAAUCAAGAAAGUAAACCAACAGAAAAUCCAGUUAAACACGUAUGCGGUGAAAAUGGUUGUCAAGAUACAGAACCUUCCGUUUUGCAACAAAAUGACUUAAAUGACUGUUCAAAUGGAAAUUGUGACUCUAAGAAGGAACAAAUCCCAGUAUCUGACACUCAACCAUGUGAUGAAACAACUGACUGUCAAGUACCAGUAAUCAAACCAUGUGAAGGGGAAAACUGUAUUAAAAAUCCUGUUCUCCAGACUGAUAUCGAAGAUAAAUUUGAAACGAAUAACAAGCCUUGUAAUAAUGAAAAUGAAUGUCAAGUACCAGUUGUAACACCAUGCAUAGGUGACGAUUGUACAAUAGAUUCCAAAAUACCCAAUAAUAAAGUAACGGAUGUACUAGAUAAGGAAACAAUACAUGAAGAUAUUUGUAGAGAUGAAAAUUGCCGAAGAAAAGAAUAUGAUGAAACUAAAGCCAAUAUACCAUGUGUUGGCACAGAUUGUAUGCAACAGGAGACAGUUUCUCCUGGUGUUGUUAAUGAAGUAAAUUCACCCGAACUUGGUCAACCUAUUCCAACAAAAGAACCAGACCAAGCCAAUCAGCCGGAAGAUUUUACAGUAUCUGAAUCUCAGAGUACAUUAGAACCAUUUAUAGAAACUACGGUACCAAGUAUAACAUCUUCUGAAAUUAAACAAACUGUUGAAACUAUCCGUAAAGAAAGUACAACUCAAACCUAUUUAGUCAAUGAAAACUUACUAAGUCACCAACCUGAUAGACAAUCAGAAGCUGAUAAGCCUUCUACUGAACCAUCUGUUUCAGAUAUUGAAACAAUAACAUCAUCAAUAUUUGAUUUAAGUACUGUUAAAGAACAUCUCGUCAUAGCAACAGAAAAAGCUACAACUGAAUACAGUUCUAAAACCUCAGAUGAAACUAUAUUGUAUUACACGACUUUAGGUGCAUCCUUAGACGGCAUAAAUACAGAGAGUACUACAGAAAUGGCUGAUAAAACAGAAAUCAGAACAGAAGCAGUUUCUAAAGAAAAUACAAAAGACAUGCUGACUAACUAUCCUAAAGAAGAAUCAACUACCGCCAAUACAAUGGUUUCCUCUCAGAGUGACAAAGAAAGUAACCAAAAUGAAUUUAUCCAUGUUACCGGACCUCCAGAUAUAGACGAAAAAACGACAUAUAGUGAAAUAUUAGAAGAAAAAAUAACCACUAGUCGACCACAUUUGUUAUCAUCUAUUCCAUAUGAUGAAAAUUCAUUUGAUACCACAGAAUCUGAAAUUUCAUUUACAAAAGAAAUACCAGAUUUAGAUCUUUCAGUGCAACCUAUCACAGAUGUGACCGGAGCACCUUUUACUUCUGAACAUCCGACAACAGAACAAAGAUAUAAUUAUCCAAGCACUUUAACUCCUGAGGCAUUUACCAAAAAUGCAGAUGACCCUACGCAUCCUGAAAUAUACGCUACGUCAACAGAAGAAUCUAAAAAGGAAGAACAUGAUUCUGUAUCACCAGAUAUUCCAACAGUAACAGAGGCAGAGGUGAUAGAAGAAGCUACAGAAAUAUUCAACAAAGAAGGCACUACUUUCCAGCCUGAGUCACACAAGCAAUCAGAACCAGAAAAAACAUCAUCUUCAACUAUUAAUGAAAAUCAAACUCAAAAAGCUAUAGACAAGGACAUACCUGACAUUAUUACAGAAGUCAGCCCCGCUAAAACCACCGAGUUUAAUCAGAAUGAUAGCCAAAAAGAUCAAUCUGAAAUAGAACAAGUCGACCUGACAUCAACUGAUAAGCAAGAAACUCAAACCAAGAUGCCUGAAAUUAAAUAUACUGAAGUGACUCAAGCCUUCACCACUGCAGUCACUCAAAACCCAACAGAAGACAAGACUUCAGAUAUUAGGAAGGACAUUGAGCAACACACUGAAACAUUGGCUACCGUACCACCUUCAAUUGAAGAUGAAAAAAUUACUACAUCUGCAGAAUCUAAUGAAAAACCUGUUAUGGAUAAAGAAACAACAACGUCAAGCGUAAAUGAACCAUCAGAUUAUACUACAAGCAAGCCAAUAGAAGACACGCACACCAAUGAUUUUGAAAAAACAACCGAGUCUCUUGUAAAUCUGGGUGAUGAUAAAAUAAAUACAACACCAAGCUACAAUGACAUAUCAGAAGAAACCACUAUAAUUUCAUUACCAAAUAUUUCUGAAAGCGUAAGCGAAUUGGUAACUGAUAUAGCAACAGAAAACUAUUACACAAAGGAUAUACAUGAAGUAACUGAACAGUCAAAUGAAUUAGAUAAAACUGGUAAUGAACAAAUCACUGAAGCAUCUUACGAACUAGAAAAAACUGAUAGUGAACAAUUGACUGAACCGUCAAAUCAAUCAGAAAAAACUGUUACUGAACAAUCGACUGGAUCACCAAGUAAAUCAGACAAAACUGAUAAGGAACAAUAUACCGAAUCAGACAAAACUGUUACUGAACAAUCGACUGGAUCACCAAGUGAAUCAGACAAAACUGAUAAGGAACAAUUUACUGAAUCAGACAAAACUGUUACUGAACAAUCGACUGGAUCACCAAAUGAAUCAGACAAAACUGAUAAGGAACAAUAUACCGAAUCAGACAAAACUGUUACUGAACAAUCGACUGGAUCACCAAAUGAAUCAGACAAAACUGAUAAGGAACAAUAUACCGAAUCAGACAAAACUGUUACUGAACCAUCAAAUGAAUCAGACAAAACUGUAACUGGACAAUCAACUGGAUCACCAAAUGAAUCAGACAAAACUGUUACUGAACAAUCGACUGGAUCACCAAAUGAAUCAGACAAAACUAAUAAGGAACAAUCUAUUGAAUCAGACAAAACUAUUACUGAACAAUCGACUGGAUCACCAAAUGAAUCAGACAAAAUUGUAACAGAAUCAACUGGAUCAUCUUAUGGAUCAGAUAAAACUGGUACAGAACCAUCAACUGAACCAAUAAAUGAAUUUGAUAAAACCGAUCAGGAACAAUCUACUGAAUCAGACAAAACUGUUACUGAACAAUCGACUGGAUCUUCAAAUGAAUUGGACAAAACUGGUUCGGAACAAUCGACUGGAUCACCAAAUGAAUUAGACAAAACUGGUACUGAACCAUCAAAUGAAUCAGACAAAACUGUUGCUGAACAAUCGACUGGAUCUUCAAAUGAAUCAGACAAAACUGGUUCGGAACAAUCGACUGGAUCACCAACUGAAUUAGAUAAAAGUGAUUCGGAACAAUCAACUGGAUCACCAAAUGAAUUAGACAAAACUGGUACUGAACCAUCAAACGAAUCAGAAAAAACUGUAACUGAACAAUCGACUGAAUCUUCAAAUGAAUCAGACAAAACUGGUUCGGAACAAUCGACUGGAUCACCAAAUGAAUUAGAUAAAACUGUUACUGAACAAUCAAAUGAAUCGGACGAAACUGGUAGUGAACAAUCGACUGAAUCAUCAACUGAAUUAGACCAAGAGCUUAAUAAACAAUCUACUGAAUCACCAAACAAAUUGGACAAAACUGUAACUGAACAAUCGACCAAGUCAUCCAAUGAAUUAGUUGACAACGAAAUUGUUCAAUCUACUGAAUCGACAAAAGAAUCUCAGCCAGAAAUCUUAGUAACGGACGAAAUUGAGAAAUAUGAAACGACUAUCUCAAACACUGAUAAACCUAAUACUACUUUAUUAGAUGAACCUGUAGACACAAUGACACUUCAUGAAAGUACCGAAUCUUCUGUAAAUGAUGAUGGCCAAACUCAUGGACUUGAGAUUGAAAAAUUGCCCAUGACCACUCAACCAAACAUUAUUCCAGAGGUUCUAGAGAAAGAUACAACAUUUGUAAGCCAUUCUGAAUCAACAUUUGAUCCUGAAUCUGGGUUGAGUUCAACGACGUCUCCGAUUGCAGUUGAGUUAGAACAAGAAACGAAAGCAUCUACUGAUAGCUCUGAAACACAAGAAAAACAAACUUUAUCUCCGAUGUCACUUAUAACAAAAAAACCGCACGCAGUAGCUGAAUCUGUUACCGAAAAUAUACAAACAAUAGCAGUUACUAAAACUAAGGAGUCGGAACUAACUACUGGCGUAGAAAUAACAACAACAGGUAAAGGUUUAUUAACUACAAAACAAAAUGCAGAUACCGUCGCGUCAUCUACUGAAUUUACAAGUAGAAUUAAAGAUUCUGAUAUAAUAACUGAAUCACCUAAGGAAGAACCAACAAGUAAGGCUAGCCAAUCUUUAGAUGAAUCUAUACUUGGUGCUAUUACUGAGCAGCCGGGUACAACCUUCGAAGAAUUAACAACACGUUCUGAAAUAGAAAUGACUUCUUCGUCUAUAACUCAAAAUGAUAAUGAAUCUAAACAAGAACGUCCACACGUUACAGAAGAUGAAAGUUCUGUAAUAAGUACAACUUUAAGAGACGUUUUGGUGGAGAAGGAGUUUGAAGAACAAAGUACAGAGGCUCAAGGAGAUAUUUCAACCAAACCAUCCGUGCUAACAUCUGAAACUCACGAUGCAACAGACUAUCCCAUACUUAUUGAAGAAAAAACAAAACAACCUGAACUAUUCACCACUGAGUCUGUGAUACAAUCAACAAAGAAAUCUGAUCAAAUAACUGAACAACCGCUACCAAUAUCAACAGAUUUUCAGGAAAUUACCAUGUCUUCCGUAGAUGAAAAUAGUCAGGAUGGAAUUUCGACACCAGAAGUUGUAGAAAAUGAACCCGAGAAAUUCACAAAAGCACCAGAAUUGCCCGUAAUUACUAACGAUGUGGAUACAAUUCAGGAGGAAACACCUAAGCAAGAAAUUGAUUCAACUAAAAAUAGAGAACCAGAAGGCAGUACUGAAACAUCUUACGAAAUACACACAAAACCAACAAAUGUAAAAGAGGAAACAUUCAUUUCUACCCAAAAUGAUAUAUUAUCCCAAGACACCACCGAUAAUACACUCUCAACAGAAAGUCUUCAAUCCGUUACACCUGAACAAUUUGCAACAAAAUCACCGGUGGAGAAUACAAGAUUGGAUUCCAUUAGCUCAACACUUAUGGACACGACAGGUAUUAGCACAGAACGUGCAUUAGCUGAUAAGAUUGAUAUACAGGAAUCAACCACUGAAUCCAAAUAUGAAUAUUCAGAGACAACGCCAUACUUUGUUGAACUUGAAGAACAUACUCAUCAAAUCAUACAAGAGACCUCUAUUGUACCUAUAGAUGAAUCAUCAACAGAAAGAGCAACAGGUAUUCAAUCCACGGAACGAGGUGACCAAUCUCUUUCUGAUAAUUUAAGUAACGGGCUGCAAACAGAAAAAUCAACCGAUGUAACGGUAACUCCCCAUGGCUAUAGUCAAGAAACCACACUAAGUAAUAAUUACAUGUACACAACUACCGCGUCUGAAAUUAGCAGUUCUUCAGAACCACAAAAAGAUACAGAAAUUAGGGAGCAAGAUAAAUUGGAGCCAACAGAUGUAGGAAUGGAAUCAACAGUUUCACCUACUCAAACGUCUUCUAUGAUUAAAAACGAAGAUAAUCUAACCUCUAUUCCAUUGGAUACGAAGAUGCCUGAUCUAGAUAUCACUGCAACAACAGAAAAAUCUCAUACUGUUAUGAAUGAAGAAGCUCAAAAACCAGAUGUACUAUUGGAAACAAAGACAACUACACCUCACUACGUUCAUGAAGAAAUCACGUCAGUUAAAACAACGUUAUUUGAUGAAAAAUUGUUUGAAACUUCAUCUACAACAAGCAAACCAAUCACAACAAAACCUGUUGAUCAACCUACUGAUGAAAUACCAUCACCUGAAUUCCCACCUAGCGGUGUCAGUGGUUACGGCCAAGAACCAGACUAUGGCGAAGAGGAACAAGCAGUUAUACCUGGUAUAUGUCGUUACGGCGGUAAAGUUUAUGGAUCUACACAGCAAAUACCAAGAGACGACCCAUGCGACUUUUGUUUCUGCUUUAGAAGCGAUAUCAUUUGCUUGCAACAGAGUUGUCCCCCACCCAUCCAUGGAUGUCGUGAGGAACCUAUUCAAGGAUUCUGCUGUCCUCGCUAUGAGUGUCCUGUGUCUAUGGCAACGACACUGAACGUUACCACAACGACAACUACUACCACAACAACUCUACCUCCACAUUUUCUUCCCCACGCGUAUAAAGGAGCAGCACAAAGAAGAGGGUGUCACAUUAAAGGUCAUACGUACAAGGUUGGCGAAGUUGUACGAGCUUCCUCUGGACCUUGUCUUCACUGCACAUGUGGCGGCGAUGGUCAAAUGAAGUGUGAUCCAAAGGCGUGCACCCCGGAACCGAUGCUGAGACAGAUGAUAGCAGCCGCGGUGUCCGCCCGACGGAGGUGAAAACCUAGAUUCGAAGAAAACUACAUUAGUGAUCACAGAGAUUAAAACAUCUACGUGAUAAGAAAUACUUUUUCAUAAAAAUAUUCUUUGAUGCACAAGAAUAAUGCUCAAAUUUCGCGAUGGAAUAGUUUUAGAAUUUGUGUCAUAUAUUAGUAAUCGAUAUUAUAAUUUUUCAUUAAAGAGUGGCACACUUAAAUAUUAAAACAACGGUGACUGUGAUUAAUGAACUAAAUACCGAAAUCGAAUCUAAUUUUUGUGAGUUAUAAAUAAUUUUUACAAGAUUUAGUGCCAAACGAAUGGUUUAUAAAAAAAACUAUGCCAUUAUAAUAGGUACUACGUAUAUUCGUCUAAAUUUAUUAUUUUCAUACUUAAUAGUUUUAUGAAACUGACCGAAACGUGGACGUUAAGGACGUUUGGUAGUUGAAUACCUUAGAUCUUCCCACAUCCGAUACGAGCCAUGUUCGUACGACGCAUCAUCUUAACGACUUCGUUGGUCAGUUUAGAUCGCCGAAAUCUUGACCAUUUUUGAUCGUAAACUAAAUUGAUUUACCGAUAUCACAUUAGUCAAUUCUUUAUUUUUACACGAUGUUACACUUCAAUCUAGUAUCGUGUAAAUCUGAAGUUUCUAUGUUAUUUAAGGAAUUCUGAUGUUGUAAAUGCCUUAAUUUGUAAUAAUUUAUAUAAUAUGUUAGGUGUAUAGUACUUAAGCCAUGUUUAAGACCAGUGAUUUUUUUAAUUUUGAAGUACAGGAGCAUAUCUUAUUGACUCGAAAAGUGUCGAUCGAUGCGAUCCUUGCCGGCAACCUCGGCCGACACUUUUCAUAAUUUCACGAUUUACAGAAAGUGACUUCUAUUAUUACCUUGUUUUCUUUAAUUCGUGGAAGCUCCAGUUAUUACUAGCACUUGUUAAGUGAAAGUUGCCAAUACAGAAGGCACUCGAAUUAUACAAUAAUAUCGUUUUGUAAUCUUAGAUUUUGAUACAAAGUGCUGGUAGACUUUUAAAUAUUUUUACAGAUUUAGAUCAGUACGAAAGUUUUAGGACUCUUGUAACGCGCAUUACACUAAUAUGUCAGUUACAUUAAUUCGUACAAAUCUGUUUCUGUGUACGCAGGUUGUAGUUAUAUUAUAUCUUAUUUAUUUAAAGUUAUAGCAAUAGUCAAAACACAUUUGUUUAAAGCGUUACGUUUCAAAAAAUACAUACAGCAGUUAUAAAUUUAAUGUCAAUUAUUAUGUAUUAUCUUUGGAUUUAAUCACAAUUUACCGAACUUAAGCUAGAAUUAGCUACCUUUACAACUGUGCAAACUGAGUUUAAAUAAAAGGUUCAAAAUCA